AUGCCGCUAGAGAAACGACGUAGCAAAUCGUUGAUUCAGCCCCCAGGGACAUUUGAGUAUGUGGUUCAAGAGAAAGAUACAUUGAGAGGUCUAGCUGCCAAAUAUGACGUUAAUUUAUCCAUUCUAAAAACUAUCAACAAACUGAUGACUGAAGUUAUCUUUCCUGAUCAAGUGUUAUACAUUCCAACAGAAGAGUACAUCCACCAGUCAGCAACUUCAUUCAUUCCUGCUAAAAAUAAUGAACAAAAGCCAGGCCAUGCAGAGCGCCUGAGUGCAUCCUUCGACGAGGCCUACAUCAUUCCUCCCCGGCCUCUCAGCAAUGAGGAAGUCAUCAAAAUUGACGAGGAGUGCCACCAUAAGUUUGUCAAGAUCAAAUCCAUCUGUCUCACAGAUGAUGGGGAUGAAAUACCAGGAAUAUUAUUGAUAACACCUGAUGGAGUGAUGUUUGAUCCGGACAGCACGGAUCCUGUUGUGAUGGAGAGAGGCCCAGAUGAGUUUCAGCUGGUUGACUCCAUCAUGAGCGUUAUCAGUGCUGCUGUUUAUCAUGAUGAGACGCUAUUGGCGAAAGAUUUACUGUCCCAGCUUGCAACUCCAUCAACUGUCCUGAAACAACCACCUCACCCUGAUGAGGUGGCCACUGCAGUCACCUUCCCGUCAAAUAUUUCAUCUGGUGUGGAAAACAAACAGCAGGUGUCUCUUUCAACAGAUCAGAAAUUCGAAACAACUAACAACACCACUGAUGAUAAAAAGAUUGUCGGUUAUAAGACAACAGAUCCUCCACCAGCAGAACAGUCUACACAAAUAAUUGUCAGUGAUCCGAACAAAAUUUAUGACAACGAUGUUUUCAAUGCUAGCGAUGCUACUAGCAGCAACAAAAUGGACAGCAGCCAUUCAUUUAAUUCAACGAAGGUUGACGAUGGAAAAGUAAAAUCUCCACUCAAGCCGUCCACCAGCUGUGACGGGGAUACUGCUAGAGUUCUCAGAAACAUCAGCAAUGUUUCCGCAGCUUCGUCUUCGAUAUCGCUGGAUGAUCAGCCCACCAUGAAAGUUUUUCUACGAUUAAAAGUACACAAGAACAUCGACUCUCUUAAAAAUUUCAGAGUCAGUAAAAAGACAAAAAAUAUUUCGAGACUGGAGUAUUGGUUUGCUGUGCCUAACGAUAAAAACAUUGACCAACUGUAUGCCUUCUUCAAAAAGUGGACCCCUUCAAUGGCCAAUGCAUCAGAUUCUGAUGAGGCUCACUUCGUCGUCGUUGAAUCUGAUUCGCCAGUUGCAAAUGUUAUCGACCAAUCAAAUGAUCUCUACAAUGAAAUCGUCGAGUCACUCAUCCAAUGGAAGAAGAGGUACAAUUUUAAGAAAGAUUGGGAGAUCGUGAGUGUUAAGGAAUACAGGAGGCUGACCAUGGUAGUUGAGAUCAAAAAACUUCCUCUUCCCGAACUCUCCGAGGAAAGUCGAAUACUAACCAGCGGUCACGUGGGCAUGUUGACCUGCAACCUUCCAGCCCUGGCGGAGGGUUUGAACUGGUGUCUGAUGUACAGCACGGAGAAGCAUGGAUUCAGUUUGAAUACACUCUACAGGAAACUCUCCAAAACUGACCUUGCCUUCUUCCUCGUUGUCCUGGAUACCAAUGAUAAUAUAUUUGGUGCAUUGGUCGUUGGCAGGUUGAAGAUGUCUGAUCAUUUCUAUGGCAGUGGAGAGUCCUACCUGUUUACCUUCUACCCCGAGUUCAAGAGAUUUAACUGGACCGGAAUAAACAAUUUCUUUAUAAAAGGCAGUCACGAUAGUCUUGUCUUUGGAGCUAGCGAAGGUAACAAUGGUUUGUGGUUGGAUGCGGAUUUGUACCACGGCAGAACGCAGGCAUGUCAGACAUUCGAUAACGAGGUCCUGACGUCAUCUGAGGAUUUUGUCGUCAAGUGUGUCGAAGUGUGGUCCUUCAUCUAG